AUGGUUGUCGCCCCAUUGCCGCCGCUGGCUCUCUACGGUCUCACCAUCAUUGCGCGAUCUGUGUCCUGUCCGUUAUUGCCGGGAAUACGGCAGCCUUACCGCCCUACUGGAGGGAGAGGCUCGGCGCGGCCAGGUGGUGGGGCGAGAGACGAGUGGGGGUCCCUCAUGUCCGAGAGAGUCACGGCCGUGGAGGGAGGUCGCUGGUCUGAGAGCGUGUCCGCGGCCAAGGGCACCUUCAAGAAGCUCUUCACCGUCGGCCGGAAAAGCGACAACCGACGGAAGCGAGUUAACGGUGGCCGUGGUAGCGGCAGGGGCAGAGGUGGCGGCCGCAGCCGGGGAGGGGGCGGGCGGUAUCCUCUGGGGGCUCGCGACCCGGGUCGCGGAGGAAGGGGGUACCCUCAAGGGAGAGGUUCAUCGUACGGAGCCUCCCCGGGAAGCAUUGGGGAUGGAGGCUGGAACAGCGGGGGUAGGGGUUCCGGUUAUGGGCAGGGCAUUGGGGAGUGGGGGGGUGUACAGGCCGCGGGCGGGGUGAACCAGGGAGAUUCGUGGCAGACAAACUCCCAAGAGUUGCGAGACGGCGAGGGAGGGGUACAACGGCAGGGGGUGGCCUGGGACGCGGCUGGGAGCGGUAGUGAUGGUGUUGGUGGUGGUGGCGUUGGACCCCCGUCUCCGAUACCCGAAGAAGUUGCACCGCCGCCUCCGCCGCCAAAACCGUUCCAAGGGCAGAUGCCACCGCCCGCGGAAGGGUAUUCGCCGUCUCCGCUGGGGUCGUCGGGGGCGGCGCAUUCGAGCCCUGCUGCCCCUGCGGCUGGGGCGACGAUGGGUGGGUUGGAUCCGAGGGAGAUCGAGGCGUUCUACGCGGCGCAGAAGGAGUACGGUGCGGACAGCGGGCCGGCGGCUGGCGAUGCCCAACCACGCAAGAGGGUGGGUCGGGGGCGUCGAGGGAAAGACAUCCCAAAGGAGGACCUGACAGCCAUGGGGCUCAACUACGGCGAGGCUGACAGAGAGCCGGUGAGGGAGCGAUCCCCCCGGCGUCGUGGACGUCGCCGCUGGUUCGGGUUCGCGAAGGGGAGCCGCGUCAGGCGUGAGGUGCUGGGCGGCAGGGUGUCGGUGGACUCGAUGAAGCUCAAGUAUGAGGAGGGCUGGAAUGUCGAGACGGAAGGAGAAGGCGUGUUUGCCGCCGUCAAGAGCGUGGCAGGGCGUUCGAUUUCUCGGAUGACGUCCCCCAGCAAGGCUGUAACCUCCAUGACCCCGGUGGCCUGCGUGAGGUUGCUGGCGAGAGCGGGAGGGGUUAUCCCCCUGUUGCUGUGGUGGGCGUUUUCUGUCAUGAGGGGGGUGCUUCCUGUGGUGAUGUCGUGGCUGGUGUCUAGGUUAAUGCACCAGCUAGCCGAUUUCUCCGCGGGCCGUUACACGUUAUCGACGUCCCAAUACCGAGAGUGCCGGUCAGCGUGCUUCAAGCUGCUCGGGCAGCAGGCGGGAGCAGGGCUAUCGCUGGCCGUCGCCGCUGGGGUGGUGAGGGGGUGGCUGAGACCGAGGGCGCGGGAGCGAUCAGCCGCUUUGUGCCGCCGUGCAUUGGCGGGCGUGUCUGUGGCGGGAGGUAUCGACCAACCACCGCCCUCGGAAUUCCGCGAGCUUAGCCUUGCCCCCUGGAGCUACAUGCAGCAAGUGAUGGAGCUCUCGAGGGACGUGGCCGGUGUGGCGGCGGUGGUGGCUGUGCUGCAAACGGUGUGGCCGUUUCGUGGACCAGUGACCCUUGGCGGAGGUGCGACGGUUCUGCUUUUGCUAGAGGGCAUCCGCACGUUGUUGGCGACCGAGGACCCUGGCGCCGCAGAAGUCCGUGGUAGUGGUAGCGAUGUUGCUGAGCCGUCGGGAGGCAUCCCCGGCGGUGCUAGUGGCGGUGCAGUCGCUAGCGCCGAGGCUGAAGCGCGCGGCCUUAGACAGGUUUUGCUUUCAAAAUAUUCUGCUGUACUGGAGGCGGCGGAACACCAGGAGGGUCGAAAAUCACGAAUCAUCACCACCCGCAGCGUUGUCAGGGGGUCCGUGACAUGGCUCGUGAUGGCUGCCUUCGCGGUAUAUGCCCUGGUUUCCGUUGUGGAAGAAGAGUUGGCGUUCCAGUUCGGCACUGCUCGAGUCACCCUGGUCAUCACCCAGGUGUGGCUAGCAUACGCGAGUCUCCAGGGUGCUCUCAGUGGCCUCGGCCAGGUGGCGAGGUUGAGGCCUACCGCGGCAAGGAUGCAGGCGAUCGCCCUGGCAUGGCCUGAAAACAGCGGCGGUGAGAAAGACACCGGGCUAGGAACUGAGGGGGGCUGGUCGAACGAUGGCCCCGAAGCUGAUGAUGGGCUAAGGCUACUCGGGGUGUCCUUUAGACCGAGCGGCAGAACACGGCAGGCCCUCUCUUCCGUGGAUCUGCACGCUCCGGCAGGGUCGGUGGUGGCAGUGCUUGGCGGGGCGGGCGCGGGGAAGACGGCGCUUCUCCAGCUUGCGUUGGGGUUAAUGAAGGCGGACGAGGGAGAGGCCAUGUUCCAAGGACGACCGCUGCAGGAGUGGGAGACUGGAGCUUACCGAGAACGGGUCGCCUGGCUCAGCCAGGCAAGUAUCUGGCCGUUUCGGCCUAACGGCGGGCGAGAACAUCGGGGCUGGCGACCCCUCAGAGUUUUCUAACCGAGAGCUAUGGGCGAGAGCGGCAGGUCUUAGCGGCGCCAACACCGCGAUAGAGUCCUUGCCGCUGGGGUACGAUACUCUGCUAGAGGAUGGGGGAGGGCCGGCGGCGGCAGCGGGGGGUUUGGGGUCUGGACUGUCUGAAGGGGAAUGGCAGCGGUUGCAGCUGGCGCGUUUCUUGAUGCGAGCCGAUAUAGCCAAGCUGUUGUUACUCGAUGAGCCUUUCAAAGGGGUUAGCCCCUCCGAAGCCUCUAGAAUGCUGGCGGCACUGGGCGCGCAAGCCCGAGCAACUGGCCAGGUUGUGGUAGUGGCGAGCCAGGAUCUUUCCCUUGGGAGAUGGGCCGACGCCACCGUGUAUUUGGAGGACGGGAGCGUGUCGGAGUCGGGUCGGUGGGAUGACUUGCUGGCAAGCGGUGGCCCCUUUGCGACGGCCGUUCGAGAACACGACGCCUUCUGACCUAACCUAACCUAAUGUAACCGGUAGGGAGUUUGGCGUUUGGCCUAUUCAAGUGCUGCUGUUUUGGUCUUGCCAAACGCUUGGGUGUGGAGUUGUAGAUGAGUGGAGCGCGCGCGGCGGUGUAAUUCGCAAGGGUUAUGGUGGCGGCAAGGGCCUUGGUUGUUUCUUAUUUGGCUCUGCUUAUCCUGCAGCAGCUUGCGCGGUUUCACGCAGGCAGCCACAAUCAUUCGGUUGGCAUGCACCGACGGCAGCAUACUUUGGUGUUCGUUGGAGGCACAAGCAUACUGUUGGAACACUGGGUGUGUGUGUGGUGCCCGCCCGUCUUGGCUGACGGUACAAUAGUCGUGGAAUCCUCUCUCUGUUGCUGUGCAAACCAAUGGAAACAUUGACAAUUUGGUGUGUCGGUUACUUUCCGUGUCGCGUGUCCCGAAGUUUGCUAUGCGGCUGUAGCCUCUAAGUAAGUUAGAGCUGCUGCGUGCUUAGAGCCAUUGAAAGCACCGAAAGAGCGUCGAACCGAAAACACACACACAAUCAAGCAAGGACCACACGCCAUGUCUCGUCCUAAUGCCAAUGAAUCAGUUCGUUGAACAACACGAUAAGGCAUGUUUUGCAG